AGUUUUAGUCUAUUUAAAAAUUUAGAAGUUAUUUACGAAUUUGGAUCGACUAGUUUCGAACACAUACAACAAGAAUGCUGCUAAGGAUAGCUAUUUUGGCUCUUUGCCUUGGGCUACCCUCAGUCCUCUGUGUGGAUAUGGAAGCAGUGAUUGAUAUGUCCGGGUACAAAGGUAGUGUGACGUUUGUCCGUAUCGGAGAUGACGUCAACGUCACGCUUCAGUUCACGACAGGAAACAAUUCAAACAAAUACGAUAAAAUAGAACUUGUAACCUUUCCUUCUGUAUUCGGACGACAGAAGACAGCCGCUGAGGUCUGCAACAGUUUGGGAGCUGCGAUAGUGGGUUUUAUGAUAGAGAACUCGACAGCUAUAAUCUCAGUACUGCCAGAAUCGAUCUAUUUUCAUCGCUCUGUUUACAUUUCAAGUUCAAGCGACCAGUCAGUUCCAAGACUAUGCGGAACAAUACUCCCCACAACAGAGAAUGUGACGUCAUACAGAGCAAAAUUUAUGGGCCCGGUUAGUGGGACCGUAUGGUUGAGAUAUCUCGCCAACGCCGGCACCUUUAUCUAUGGCGAUUUACUGUGGGCAGAUGGAACCGAUACUUCUUUAGUGAUGUUGAAAAUGUUUCCUGGUGGUGCUGUGGACGAUACCAAGCCUUUCGACGAAAGAUGCCAGACCAUUUCUGGAGGGAAAGAUGUUGCCAUGGUUACUGUGCAGAAGUCGACGACGAUUGAUGGCACAUUCGGGAUCUUUUUACCCGACAUCACGACGUUCCUCCCUAAAUUAGGCGCCAUGGUGGGUGAUAAAAUUGUCGCUUGUACCACCUUGCGGAUGGUAUCAACAAAGACAGUGACGUCAACAAUGAAUUGGGAAGGAGUCAAAGGUACUUUCACAUUCACGCAGAAAUCGCCAUUUGAUGCCACGCAAACUUCGAUAGCCCUUACUGGUCUAGCGUCACGAACGAGCGGUUAUCACGUGCACAAGUUUCCGGUUGCACAAAGACUUUCAUCAAGUGAGAAUCCAUGCGAUGCCAGAUUUGUAAGCGGACAUUUCAACCCGUAUAGUGUCGACGUAAAUGCUAGUCCGUCACCAGGAACUGGGACAGCGGAUCAGUACGAAAUUGGUGACCUCAGCGGAAAAUACGGAACGUUGGCGAACAAGAAUGAAUUCAGCGCGAUGUAUACAGACUGGAAUCUUCCUUUGUUUGGCCCCAACAGCAUCGUCGGGAGAUCCAUAGUCAUUCACAACGCAGACGGAUCCAGGCUAAUGUGCAACACUAUCGGGUAUCCAGGUGCAGUGACAACAGGCUUCGUUGCUUUCAAAACUCCAGCAUAUGGAACAAUGUAUAUCAGACAAGAGUCGGCCAGCCCGGAUGCCGAUACCAGCAUAUUCAUAGAACUUGCGAACCAGGACAAAACAGCGACGAACACUCACAACUGGCAUGUCCAUGUUUACCCAGUCAACGAUGACGCUCUAACAGGAACAUGCGCAAGUGCUGGCGGGCAUUACAAUCCUUCGGGGCUUAGUGUUGCCAGUCCUUUUUCGACGGAAUGCAAUUCAAACGAUCCUCUCAGAUGCGAGCUAGGAGAUUUAUCUGGUCGACUAGGACAAAUUAAUAUAGUCUCGACGCAGCGGACUGAAAGUGGGAAAUUCUUCUUCACGGAUGAGUACCUUCCACUAUCUGGCGCUUUUUCAAUUCUUGGAAGAUCUAUGGUUGUGCAUGAUCCAAAUGCAGGAGCACCGAGAUACGCAUGCGCCAACAUCACUCAACUGCAUCCAACCGUGGCGAAAACCACUGGAGCGUGGUUAGGAACGGCAGAUGGAUCUGCAAGUGCAACAAUUACAUUGAGACAAGAAACGGAGUUCGAUAUGACCCAGGUUACCGGAUCCUUCAGCGACUUAAACAACUUGGCGAGUGGUUACCAUAUCCAUGAAUAUACGAUCUCGAAAAAGGCAGCCUCAGAAGGCGAGUGCUCGGCUGCAUCGGUAUCGGGACAUUAUAACCCGUUCAAUUGGACAGAUCCAACAGCUGCCACAGUCGGAACAUUCGACCAAUACGAGGUCGGAGAUUUAAGCAACAAGUACGGGCUUUUGGAUUCACAAACUUCGGCGAAUAUUCCAGAAAACACCGAGGACACGAAUUUACCUCUGAACACAUUCAUAUCAGCGUCUGAUCGGUCCAUUGUGAUUCAUAAGAAACAUGGAGAGCUGAGAUGGAAAUGCGCCAACUUGGUCACUCAUCCAGAUUCUUCAAGCAAUGGACACGUUAUAUCUGCCACUGUCAGCUUUACUUCUGAUGUCACAGGGACCAUAAAACUGAAACAAGUCGUUUACGAAGAUGGCGGCUCUGGUCUGACAAGCUACGAAGUUGAUGUAUCCCCUCUCGAAAACAAAGCUAACAGUCCUCAACACAACUGGCACAUUCACGUGGAUCCGAUCACAAACCAAUCUGCCUGCGCCGAUGCUCUUGGUCAUUAUGAUCCAUACGUAGCAAUUGACAACACAGACUAUGCAACCGAUUGCUCGCCAACGAAUCCAAGGUUCUGUGAGGUCGGAGACAUCAGUAGGAAACAGGCGAAGUACGACAUCGGUGGUGGUAGACGAGUCUUUCAUGACGUAGAUACGCCGAUGCAUACCAAUUUCACAGUUCUUGGUCGUUCGAUUGUUUUUCAUGUAUCAAACGGUGGAGCAGCCAGGUAUACAUGCGCUAAUAUUAUACCGGAUUCUGAUAGUUAUACACUAUCUUUUCCGUCAACUACUAAAUUUAAUAGAUACAUGUUCACGAAAACUGUAGCUGAUGCUCUCGGUAUCGCAAGACUACGUGUCGUCAUCGUUCACAACAUUGAUGUACCGAUAACUAAAUAUGGCUGCUCAAGAGUCAUGGUACAUAUAGCUGGCGGAGCUCCUUCCGCGAUAAUCAACCAACUUCUUGGCGGCACACUAAAAGGACUAGGAGAUUAUUCAUCCACAGAAAAGUGCGUCAGCGCAGUCGGCACUGAAGCAUUGGGAGAAAGAUCUGCUGACUACGAGUCGGUGCAUGUGAAAUUUGAACUAGUUUAUUGGCUGAUUGAAGUAAUAAAGUCUAUAUUUUUCUCUGGACGCUGUUCAGAGCGAAGAUGUUGAACAAAUAAUAUAGAGAUUCACACCAAGAAGAUUUGAAGUCUUAUGUAUAUAAAUAUGUUCUCCCGGCAAUUGUUGAAGAAUUCGAAAACGAAGCACACCGAUGGUAUAGUAUUGGACCCUGAGGACAUCUUUACUUUUCGACCAUAAAAGAACAGUUGUUAAAUAUAUUUAAUUAUAUUUCACUUAAAACCUGUUCAGUCUGUAUAUAAGUUCGCGGUUCUUUUAGUUUGCUUUAUCAGUUCGUUUGCGUAUAGUAGCUAUAUUUGACAAUAUAAGAGCAAUAUAAUGGUGCAAUGUAAUUUUGUGUACUUGUUAAACGAUUUUACCAAUACCUUUAGUUAUGUACAAUACCCUUCCACUAGCCUGUUUGAUUGACCAAUCACCUUAUUAACCGGUGUUUUCGCAAGAAUAGCACACAUAUGUCGUAGCUAAUUAGUGUCUCAAAAUGUAAUGUCCAACUUGUCCCAAUUGUAAGAAUCUUCAUACGAAUACUCCAACCACUUGCCUGAGGUUUCAUAUCUAUCAUAACCCAUCAUAUAUUUGUUGACAAAUCUUGCUAAUAUUUAAAUUUAGAGUGCUUUGAUAACUUUCAUGUAUAAAUGAUCUGGAUAUCUUGUUUCUCUGCUCAAAUAAAAUGCUUAUGGUGAAAA